AGCGGAAGGAGGGAGGGCGGGAUCGCGUGGGAAACAGGUUGGGCCGUACCAUCUUCCGCAGGGAGGUCGAGAGUGAUACCACUUUAAGAGCUGAGGGAGGGGAUGACAAAGAGCUGAGACUUGGAAGGUGCCAGUUGAGUAGUGGCGGGGCUGGCUGUGGGAACUCGGAGGGGCUGGCCAGUGACCCACGGCCCCCAUUUCGUCUCUCCCCAGCUUGUCCCGCCUCUGCCAUGAACAGUCUAGUGCGAACUGAGCCUCUGCUCAGGGAGCCCCCUCUGCUGAUGCCCGGGGACCCCUACUCCGUGGUGGUUCUGCUGAGGGGCUACGCAGAGCCCGAGGGGAUGGGCGAUGCCGUGCGCGCCGAUGGCUCGGUGACCCUGGUGCUGCCCCAAGCCUGGGGUCCGGCGUCCAGCCACCAAGAGUCCCCGCCCGCAGAUGGUGGCGCCAAGACCGCCCUGGAGGAGGCGUCCCGCGGCCCCAUCCUGGUGGACAGCGGGGGCCCCUGGGCCCGGGAGGCGCUAGUGGAAGCCCUGGCGGGGCAGGGCGUGGCCCCGGGAGACGUGACUCUGGUGGUGGGGACCCACGGGCACUCGGAUCACAUCGGGAACCUGGGGCUGUUUCCGGGGGCAGCUCUGCUGGUGUCGCACGAUUUCUGCCUCCCCGGGGGCCACUACCUGCCCCACGGGCUGAGUGAGGAGCGGCCCCUGCGCCUGGGACCCGGGCUCGAGGUAUGGGCCACGCCGGGCCACGGGGGCCAGCGCGACGUGAGCCUGGUGGUGGCAGGCACGGCCCUGGGGACCGUGGUGGUGGCAGGCGAUGUGUUUGAACGCGUCGGGGAUGAGGACUCGUGGCGAGCGCUGAGCGAAGACCCAGUGGCCCAGGAGCGGAGCCGAAAGAGGGUCUUAGGCACCGCUGAUGUGAUCGUGCCUGGUCAUGGAGCCCCCUUUCGGGUGAUCAGAGAAACCGCAGCCUGAGACAAAAGAUUUGUGGGAAUUGCCAGCAGGAGCUGGUGUCUGGGGACAAGGAGCCUGCCCUGUAUGGAUGAACCCUGAGAGCGACUCAGGAAAGUCUCUCCCGGGAGGAACUGGGGUCCAAGAGAGGAAGAGGACCCGGUCCAUCAAAGUUAAGUUGCUCGGCAAGGCUUGUCACAUCCAGCCUUUCAGGAGGCAGAGGUUUUUUGUUUGUUUUCAGACAGGACACUCUGUCUCUGCAACCAAACUAGGACCAAGGACUUGUUCGCCUCCCUGUGCAUACUCUAUGGGCCUCAGUAAAAGGCAAGAAUGUUUCUGUUAGGAUCCUCCAGAAUAAAAAUAGAUACUGCAGUGGAAAUCUUACUGUUCUGAUGUAAAUGUGAAACGUUAACAGCUACUAAUGGCUAUUAUGUGGUAGCCACCAGCAGCAAUAGAGGAACACUUUGGCCAAUUGCCUAUUUCUCCUAGGGUGCAGGUUGCUGAGAAGGUU